AUGUUUUAUUCUUUCCAGAGCUCUCAGAAUGAGGAUUCACCACUCCAACGCAGCGCCGGUCACAAGCCUGCCAAAGGACUCCAUGCCUGCGUCGAAUGCGCUCUCAAUCUCGCUGCGUCUAUGACCACCAUCGACAGCGGAUCGUCCCCUCAAAGAGAGCCUAUAGAAACCCUCCCAUCGCCAGCGCUCAGCAUGUCGAAAAUUCAGCUGCUCGACGUCCAACAAAUCCCAGCGGGAGAUGCGGAGUGGGACGAAGAACGACGAGAACGAGACCCCUUACCAGCGGAAGCUGACGAUGUCAACGGCCUGUCCCUCACACUGGACAGACAGGCGUCAUAUCUCGGAAUAUCGUCUAUCAAAGCAGCUUUCGCGGUUAUGGUUAAGAUACAACCGCAAUUAAGAACUUCACUUGCAUCUCUCCAACGGAGUGGUUCCAAGAGGACCUUGGAGCUCCCUCUCCCUCAGACAGGUCAUCUUGAGGAGACGGCCCCAAUCCCCUGGACGUGGAAAGGCCAGCUACUCAUUGAUAACUAUUUCAAAGGUCUCCACGUCUUUACGCCUAUGCUCGACGAAGUUGCCUUCCGAGCCGACUACCUCGGCGGCCAGAGAUGCGAUGUACCUUGGCUUUCACUCCUCAACAUGGUUUUCGCCAUGGGUGCUAUCAUGGCGACAAAGUCAAGUGACCUAGACCACUUUAAGUUCUAUGAGAAAGCUAUGAAGCACCUUAGCAUGGGCGCAUUUGGGAGUAGCCACAUUGAGACGAUUCAAGCGUUGGCUCUGCUCGGAGGCUAUUAUCUCCAUUACGUGAAUCGUCCAAACAUGGCGAAUGCUAUACUGGGCGCCACGAUCAGGAUGGCGAGCGCACUUGGCCUCCAUAGAGAGCCGAUGGCUAGCGACAACAUAAAUACUGCGCUUGUUGAGAUGCGGCGACGCACCUGGUGGUCCUUGUUCUGUCUUGAUACCUGGACCACCACAACAAUGGGCCGUCCAUCUUUCGGGCGUUGUGAUCCCUCGAUCGACAUCCAGCCCCCUCAGAUAAGCAUCGAUCAGGAGGAGCGAGACUCUGCUCAGCACGCAGGAAUCAUGCCUCUACUAGAAAACAUUCAGUUUUGCAAGAUUGCAACUCAGAUUCAUGAUAUGCUGGCAGCCACCUCUCAGCAGACCGCGGAAAGCCUGCAACACCUGGACGGCUUAUUAGUCGGCUGGUAUGACAAGCUUCCCUCUAUUCUUCGUAACCGGGAGAGUUGCGCUGAGCCCCUACAUCUUGCUCGGUGCGUCAUCAAGUGGAGAUACUUGAACCUUCGGAUGCUCCUUUGCCGCCCAAUCCUCCUCGCUGUAGCCAGCAGCGACAAAGAUGCGCCAAUAAGUGAAGAUGAUCUUGCUGCGAUAUCAACUUGCCAGGAACUUGCGAGACAGACUAUUGAUGAUGUGGCGAGUGGCUGGACGAAGCAUCAGAUGUCAGGAUGGAAUGCGGUCUGGUUGCUUUAUCAGGCAGCAAUGAUACCUCUACUCAGUAUCUUGUGGCAGCCGCAGAGUCCAUCUGUCGCUGAUUGGCAGGCCCAGAUCGAAAAAACUUUGGAAGUCCUCGAGGCAAUGGAAGAUUGGUCGCUCACAGCGCGUUGUUCGCGGGAUGUGGUCAGGCGGAUAUAUGAGGCGAGCUGUCAGCUUUCAGGCCAGAAUGAAGACGCUUCUGCUACAGAGACAGGCAAGUUACCAGAAUUUAUGGAGGAUGACUUUUAUGCUUGGGCGGAAGGGCUCGAGUUGGACCAUAUGGUAGAUAUGCUGGAUCAGGAGUGGCAAUGGGAUAUAGGGUCAGGGCAGUAG